AAUGGUUUGGUAGGAUAUAAAGGUGGGUGAGGGGACUUUUGAGUUUUAGCAUAGUUUUCAUAGGAGAAAAAGAAAAAUGGGUAGACAACCUUGUUGUGACAAACUUGGGGUGAAGAAGGGGCCAUGGACAGCUGAGGAAGACAAGAAACUCAUCAAUUUCAUCCUCACUAAUGGCCAAUGCUGCUGGAGAGCCGUCCCGAAGCUGGCGGGGCUUCGUCGUUGUGGAAAGAGCUGUCGACUCCGAUGGACGAAUUAUCUCCGUCCUGACUUGAAGCGUGGCCUUCUUACGGAAGCUGAGGAGAGACUGGUUAUUGAUCUUCAUGCUUGUCUUGGCAAUAGGUGGUCCAAAAUUGCUGCAAGAUUGCCUGGAAGAACAGACAAUGAGAUUAAAAAUCAUUGGAAUACACAUAUCAAGAAGAAACUUCUCAAAAUGGGAAUUGAUCCAGUUACACACGAACCACUUCAGAAGGAAAUUGAAAAUUCUCUAUCUAAUACACCAGAUAAUUUGCCUGAAUCAGACAAAAACCUUGUUCAGUUACAAGAAAUCACAAAUAAUGGCAUUACAAGUAGCUCAGAUGAAAACUCCACAUCACCAACUGACCAAAAUUGUUCAUCUGAUGAAUCCAAUUUUCUUGAAAAUGACCCUUUACUCACUUGCUUAUUCGAGGACGACCCUACUCCAGUCAAUGAUGUCACGUGGGAGUUUCCACUCGAUCAACCGAAGUUGGAUAACUUCUUUGUUCCAUCGUGGGACGAAAACUGCUCAUGGCUACUGGACUGCCAAGAUUUUGGAAUUCAUGACUUCGGGUUCGAUUGUUUCAACAACGUUGAAAUGAAUAACGUGUUGAACACGCUAGAUAUGGGAAAUGAUUAAUAAAUUUUUCGCGAUCAAACACGAGGGGACCGGACCAUCAAGAACAUACCAGUGUUUAAUUAGCCUCAUCAGUGCAUCCAUGUUAAAGUACCAUGCCUAGAUGUCUCAGUUUAAUUAGAUUCAUAAUAUAGUUGAUUUUGUGGGUAAAUUAGAAGAGAAAACCUUUAUUUGUUUUGAGGUUUUCACCAACCAAAUUACAGAGAAAGAUAUACCAAAUUGCUGUACUCCUUUGCAAGAAAUAUGUGGGGACAAGCUAUAGAUUAGGGCGCAAUAUUGUGGUAGAAUAUUCAUGUGAAUAUGAUACGUUAUGUAUAUUACUAUGUAUUCUGAUCAAUAAAGAAAAAGUUCUUUGGA